AUGCUAUCUUCACUGUCGCGGCAGCUCGGCCUGCGCGCCAGGGCGGCCGCAGCAGCGGGAGGCGGCGGCGGCUGGGCGGCGCUGGCUGCGGCGGGCGCGCUCCACACCAGCGCGGCGCUGGCGGCCAGCCUACAGGUCAAGAUCCCGGCCCUGGGAGAGAGCAUAUCGGACGGCACGGUGGCGACCGUGCUGAAGCAGGCCGGAGAACAGGUGGAGGAGGAUGAAGCCAUCCUUCAGAUCGAGACGGACAAAGUGACGGUGGAUGUGCGGGCGCCGCGGGCAGGAGUGAUCGAGGCCAUCCUGGUGAAGCCGGAUGAGAAUGUGGAGGUGGGGCACGUGGUGGCGACUAUUAGCGACAGCCUGGAGGCGGCUGCGCAACCCGCCGCCGCCGCCGCGCCGCCGCCCGAGCCCGCCGCGCCGCCGCCCAAGCAGCCGAAGCAGAAGCGCGGCGCCAAGGCGGCCGCAGCACCCGCGCCCGCGGCCCCGCCCGCGCCGGCCGCGGCGGCAGCCCCGCCCGCCGCCUCCCACCGCACGCCAGCGAUUAGCUUCCCACCGCGCCGCACCCCCAGCGGCGAGCUCAUCAGCGCGCUGCCCAAGUCUGAAGCGGCGCAGCUGCUGGCGGGCCUGCUGGCCGGCGGCGGCGACACGGCGCCGCUGCCUCCGCCGCUGGUACCGGAGCAGUACAAGCACAUGAUUGCGGUGCCGAUCGUGGGUGGGUCCAUGCCCAUCCUGCGAGGCCCGCCGGUACCGGCGGGGCCGCCCGGCCCCGCCCGCCGUACCAUCAGCGAUCGAGAGAUGGAAGCCAUCAUGCUCGGGGGCGCAGACCCCUAG